AUUUAUGCCAUCUUUUGAUGUGUUUGUUUGCUUCAUUGGUGGCUUAAUUCUAGGCUAAUGGAAUUUCUUGUAUAUCUAAUUUGGUUUUAAAAACUGGUAUGAAUAAUGGUAUUAAUUGACCUCUUCCCAAAUCUCUAAUUGGGCAACUGUGUUAAGUACUUUGCUAUCGGAUUGUUCACUUAGAGUGAUUUGGACCUUUUUUUGGACUGAAAAAAUAUGGAGAAAUGACAAAUGAUGGCUACUAUAAAUAGUAGAAUUUGUGAUUCAUUUUGAUUGUCUCUCGCUCUAGAUCAAUAUCUUUGUCCAGAUAUUAGGGGUCAUGAUAAAACCCUAAAACUUCCAAGUAUGGAAAUGGUUGAAGAUGGAAUGCUUGUUUUAUUUUUGCUCAUGAGUUGGAAGCGGUUUUGCUAAUAUUGAUAUUUGGCGCUGAGGUUCCGCAUGUGCGGAAAAAUCAUUAUAAUUCAGCUACAUCCCAAGAUCAGUUUAUGGUCUUUAUGUAGACCAGUUGACAUGGAUUUAUUUAACAACUACCUUGGUACCAGAUGACCUAAACACAAUGGAUCUGAUUUUGCCCCUUCCAGAUGGAACCACUAGGGAGGCGCCAUUGAGUUUUGAGGGGCUGAUACAUAAAACUUUUGUUUCUAUUUGGAAUUCUCCCACAAUUAAUGGCUUAGAACCAACAGAUUGCCAUAACCAAGUAGAACCAUUGAAGAGAUGACUUCUACUGGAAUUACCCAUUGGGGUGCUUGCCAACCCAUGUACCCUACCAACGCUAAUCCAGGAGCCCCAAGUCCCACUUUCCUUCCACCAAAAUGGCCUUUUGUGCCACAACUUCCUGUCCAGGGAGGAAGUAAUUUUAAUCCAAGGGCAUAAAUAUAAGCCAGCCCUUUUCCAACAAAAGCAACCAAUAAUUUCUCUUUUGGCUUAGAAAGGGUGUCUGAACCAGAUGGAGUUAAGUUGCCCCCUCCACAGAUGGGAGUUGGCUGGAGAUAGUAGAGAUGGGGAGUAAGCUCCCUUUAGAUGGAGGCUCCCUUUUUCUUUUCUUUUCUUUUUUUUUUGGGUGGAAAUGAAGGGGUGGGUCUAUGGUACAUCACCUGAGUUGUGGGGUAAAUGUAGAGAGUGUCAAUCAAAGGCAGAGCUCAGAGCUGGGAAGAAAGCUCUAGAUGGCGGCUGUGCCUUGGAGAGCGCGCUGAGCCUCCUGCCUUUUUUUUCCCCCCUCUCCGCCACUUUUGCGCAACUUUGUGUAACUUUUGGGCGUCCUCAAGGGGCUCCUGCGGCCCCUGGUCUCUUGUGGAGGCCGGUGCGAGGGGGAUCGCGCGUUUUUCGGGCAGAAAAAGGAGCUUUGGGGGGGGACUCUUUUUUUCCCUCUCCCUUCGCCUGGGUAGAAAGAAACAGCCCAGGUCGUUGUUUUUCCCAGCUUGGAAGCCAUGGCGUACCUCCAUUUUUGUGCGCUCUCUUAAUGAGCUUUUUCCUCCGGAUCUUUUUUUUUUUUCCUCCUCUCCCCCUUUUUUUUUUUUUUUUAAAUAUUCCUUUACGGCUUUUAAUGAUUGCCGGUGGCGAUUAAACAAUUGCGGGAUCGUAUGGAUUAAUUUCGGAUGUGUUAUUUUUUUUUAAAAAAAAAAGAAAGCGGAUUUCUUUCUUUCUUUUUUUUUCCUGCGUUGCGUUUGGAACGUUCGGAAGCGAAUGUUUUCCCACGACUAGAAACCGGGUUGGGGCUGGCGUUGGAGCCUGGCUCAGGUAGGUGGGCGAUGAUUAUCAUUUUUUUAGGGGGGAUUUUGCCCCCUUUUUUCGGUUUUUUUUUUCUUUUUCUUUUUCCCUUUCGACCGAUUUUCAACGAUCCUGGAAUGACGCAAUAAAAUACCGAGAAUACUUGCUUCCAGGGUUACUUCGGGAAAGUUUUGUAGGAUGCUCCCCAGGGCUGUGUUUCCUUCGCGUGUUUUUUUUUUUAAGAUAAAUAUUUUUAUUUGUUUUUACCGUGCUGAUGUCCCCCUUCUGUAUUAUUGUUCUAAGAAAGCUUCGCAGCGUCGGGAUUUUUUGUUCUUGCUGUUGAACCCUCAGAAGCAAAAGUGGGAGCUUACCUUUCUUUCAACUUUUGACAGUAAAUACCUGGGCACAGGACUCCAGCCGUCCUUCUACCUUUCCCUUAACAUUUUAAGAAUUGAAAGAUGUUGAGAAAUACGGAAAAAAGCCAAGGAGAGGAGGGUUCAGUCCACAGCCAUGCAUCGAGUCACUCGGCGUCUGAAGAGGGCUCGGGUUCCGAAUCGGGGAGCCAGUCAGACAGCGAGCAAGGCAGUGAUCAUGGAAGUGAAUCCAAUAGCAGUUCCGAGUCUUCAGGAAGUCAGUCCGAAUCAGAGAGUGGAUCCACAGCAUCCAAGUCUCGACAGACCCCUCCGGGAGCUAAAGAGAAACCAGCAUCCAAGAAAGAAAGGCUAGCUGACGUCAAAAAGAUGUGGGAAGAAUAUCCCGACGUUUACGGGGUGAGACGAUCCAACCGUAGCAGACAGGAGCCUUCGCGUUUUACUAUAAAUGAUGAGGGUCAUAGCGAGUCUGAAAGUGAGAGUCCCAAAAGAAGAGGUUCAAGGCAAGUGAGAAAAAUACACAGAGGUAAAUGGAAGAGGGAGGGAUCUGGGGAUGAUGAUGAAGAUGACAUGGAAGAUCAAGGCUCCAGUGGAGAAAGUGAACAAGAAGUGAAGAAAGUGAGGUCCAGAAGACUUAGUUCAAGAAGAGCAGCGAUCAAAUCCAUCCCAAAAAGGAGCAGCAAACCCCAGCGGUCGAAGAGGCGGAGAAAAACCGAAUCAUCAGAGGAGGAUGAUGAUGAGGAGGAUGAGACCCCCAAAAGACAAACUAAGCGCCGAGCAGCCAAAAAUGUCAGUUACAAGGAAGACGAUGACUUUGAGACCGAUUCAGAUGACUUGAUUGAGAUGACAGGCGAAGGGGCAGAAGAGCAGCAGAGUAACAGUGAAACCAUUGAGAAAGUACUGGAGAAGAGAAUAGGCAAGAAAGGAGCCAUCGGGGCCUCCACCACUGUCUACGCAACAGAAGCCAAUGGUGAUCCCUGUGCCGAUUUUGACCCCGAAAAGGAGGAAGGGGAAGUGCAGUACUUGGUUAAAUGGAAAGGUUGGUCGUACAUCCACAGCACGUGGGAAAGUGAGGACUCCUUGCAGCAGCAGAAAGUGAAAGGCAUCAAGAAGCUGGAGAACUUCAAGAAGAAGGAAGAAGAGAUCAACAGUUGGUUGGCAAAGGUCACCCCGGAAGACGUAGAGUAUUUCAACUGCCAACAGGAACUGGCGGCUGAGUUGAACAAACAGUACCAGAUUGUGGAAAGAGUAAUUGCGGUGAAAACAAACAAAUCGCCAAAUCCUGGAACUGAAUUUCUAGUUCACAAUCGCAAGUCCUCCUCUAAUGAGCCAGAAUACCUUUGCAAGUGGAUGGGACUUCCCUACGCAGAAUGUAGCUGGGAAGACGAAGCUCUGAUCAGCAAAAAAUUCCAGUCCUGUAUCGAUAGCUUCAACAGUAGGAACAACUCCAAAGCCAUGCCUACUCGGGACUGCAAGGUGCUGAAGCAAAGACCUCGUUUUGUGGCCUUGAAGAACCAACCUUCCUACAUUGGUGGGGAGAAUCUGGAACUCCGGGACUAUCAGCUGGAGGGCCUCAAUUGGUUGGCUCAUUCUUGGUGCAAGAGCAACAGUGUCAUCCUGGCGGACGAGAUGGGCUUGGGGAAGACCAUCCAGACCAUUUCUUUCCUCUGCUACCUCUUCUAUCAGCACCAGCUCUAUGGCCCCUUCCUGAUCGUGGUGCCCUUGUCAACCCUAACCUCCUGGCAGAGAGAGUUUGAGAUCUGGGCCCCAGAGGUCAACGUGGUUGUGUACAUCGGAGAUCAGUUGAGCAGGAACGCUAUCCGUGAGUAUGAGUGGAUCCACUCUCAGACCAAACGGCUGAAGUUCAAUGUCCUGAUUACAACCUACGAGAUCCUCCUGAAAGACAAGGCCGUCCUGGGAAGCAUCAACUGGGCCUUCCUGGGUGUUGAUGAAGCCCAUCGCUUGAAGAAUGAUGAUUCUUUGCUCUACAAGACACUGAUUGACUUCAAGUCCAAUCACCGCCUGCUCAUCACUGGGACACCCCUUCAGAAUUCCCUGAAGGAACUGUGGUCCCUGCUGCAAUUCAUCAUGCCAGAGAAGUUCGAAUCCUGGGAAGACUUUGAAGACGACCAUGGCAGAGGACGCGAGAACGGGUACCAGAGUCUGCAUAAGGUCCUGGAGCCCUUUCUCCUGCGCAGGGUGAAGAAGGACGUGGAGAAAUCCCUCCCAGCCAAAGUGGAGCAGAUCCUGCGGGUGGAGAUGUCUGCCCUCCAGAAGCAGUAUUACAAAUGGAUUUUAACAAGGAAUUACAAAGCCCUGUCCAAGGGAACACGUGGCAGCACUUCUGGCUUCCUGAACAUCGUGAUGGAGCUGAAGAAAUGUUGCAAUCACUGUUACCUGAUCAAACCUCCAGAAGAGAAUGAGAAGGAAAACAACCAGGAGAGGCUGCAGUCUUUAAUCAGGAGCAGCGGAAAACUCAUCCUUCUGGACAAACUGCUCAGCAGGCUCCGUGCGAGGGGCAACCGAGUCCUCAUUUUCUCCCAGAUGGUGAGAAUGUUGGACAUUUUGGCGGAGUAUCUGACCAUCAAGCACUACCCUUUCCAGCGCCUGGACGGUUCCAUCAAAGGAGAAAUCCGGAAGCAGGCUUUGGAUCAUUUCAACGCUGAAGGCUCAGAGGACUUCUGCUUUCUACUCUCCACGCGCGCUGGCGGCCUGGGGAUCAACUUGGCAUCGGCUGACACGGUGGUGAUCUUUGAUUCGGACUGGAACCCCCAGAAUGACUUACAGGCCCAGGCUCGGGCUCACCGGAUUGGGCAAAAGAAACAAGUAAAUAUCUAUCGCUUGGUUACAAAGGGAACAGUGGAAGAGGAGAUUAUAGAAAGAGCGAAGAAGAAGAUGGUGCUGGACCAUCUCGUGAUACAACGAAUGGAUACCACAGGCCGGACAGUUUUGGACAACAGCUCUGAUAGAUCGAAUUCCAACCCAUUCAACAAGGAAGAACUGACAGCCAUCUUGAAGUUUGGAGCUGAAGACCUUUUUAAAGAAGCGGAAGGGGAAGAAUCUGAACCGCAGGAAAUGGACAUUGAGGAAAUCUUACGCCUGGCUGAGACACGAGAGAAUGAACCAUCCACAAGUGCAACAGAUGAACUGCUUUCACAGUUUAAGGUAGCAAACUUUGCUACAACAGAAGAGGAAGAAGCCGAGGCGGAAGAGAAAUCUCAGAAGGAGUGGGAAAACAUCAUUCCUGAGGAACAGAGGAAGAAAGUGGAAGAAGAGGAGCGGCAGAAGGAACUCGAGGAGAUAUACAUGCUGCCAAGGAUUCGCAGCUCAGCCAAAAAGGCUCAGGCCAACGACAGUGAGUCGGAUGUUGAAAUAAAGAGAAAGCUCCAGAGGUCUUCUGGGUCGGACACCGAGACAGAGGAUUCUGAUGACGACAAAAGGCCGAAACGCAGAGGACGGCCUCGCAGUGUUCGGAAGGACACAGUGGAAGGAUUUACAGACACUGAAAUCAGAAGAUUUAUCAAGGCAUACAAGAAGUUUGGUGUUCCUUUGGAACGACUGGAAUGCCUUGCUCGGGAUGCCGAACUGGUAGAGAAAUCGGUAGCUGAUCUGAAACGUUUGGCAGAACUUCUCCAUAACAGUUGUGCUUCAGCCAUGCAGGAGUAUGAGGAGCACCUGAAGGAGAACCCAACUGAAAGUAAAGGACCAGGGAAGAGAAAGGGACCCACCAUUAAGAUCUCGGGAGUCCAGGUGAACGUGAAAGCGAUUAUUCAGCACGAAGAGGAGUUUGCAAUGCUCCAUCAGACCAUUCCCAGUGACCCAGUGGAAAGGACAAGGUUCCGUCUGAACUGCCGUGUCAAAUCUGCCCAUUUCGAUGUAGACUGGGGAGUGGAAGAGGACUCUUGCUUGCUGCGGGGGAUUUACGAGCACGGAUGUGGGAACUGGGAGCUCAUCAAGUCAGACCCAGAACUGAACCUCACCGACAAGAUUUUACCAGUUGAGACAGAUAAAAAGCCACAGGGGAAGCAGCUUCAGGCGCGAGUAGAUUAUCUGAUGAAACUUAUCCAAAGAGACACGAAGAGGAAGGAGAACCUCAACAAGACAGAGGAGGACAAGGCCAAAAGUGUGAAGCCCCGAAUCCGGAAAGAAAACAAACCCCCCAAAAUCAAGGAGGAGCCAGGAAAUGAAGCCUCUUCUCCGCAGCCUCCAGAGAACCAGUCAGUAGAAGGACAGAAGAAGCCCAAAGGCGCCGAGGCGAAACCCGGAAACAAAGGGAAGAAACCUUUGGGUCAGGGUCCUGUCCAUAUUACGGCAGGAAGUGAGCCUGUCCCCAUCGAAGAAGAGGAAGAGGAUGAUUUAGACCAUGCAACCUUCACCAUUUGCAAAGAGCUGAUGAGGCCAGUAAAAAAGUCCUUGAAGCAGCUAGAUAAGCCGGAAAGAGGACUUACAGACCAAGAGCAGCUGGAGCAAACUCGGAGUUGCCUGCUUAAGAUAGGAGACCACAUUGCUGAAUGUUUGAAAAUCCACAAUGAACAGGAAGUUCUUAAUGUAUGGAGAAGGAAUCUAUGGGUGUUUGUCUCCAAGUUUACCGAAUUUAACGCCAAGAAAUUACAUAAGAUAUACAAGAUGGCUAACAAAAAGAGAUCCCGGGAACAGGAGCAUGAACAUAAGAAGAAGGAAGAGACAACGAGUGGCAAGCGGCUUCGUCCAGAAACUCCUGGGCCCAGUCGAGAUAUUCCGAUGUCUCCUGUCCCCCAUAGCCCUCAUGGUCAAAAGCUGCAGCAGCCAUCUCCCCACCCUUCCCAGAUGCAUGGACAUCCGCGAGAGAAUUACAACCAGCCGAAUAGAAGGCAUUUCAGCCACACAGAACGAAGCGAAUGGCAGAGGGAUCGCAAAUUUAAUUACAGUGGCAAUGCCAAUACAAAUUGGGGCAGAAACCGAUACCACCCAUACGAGCAGCGCUGGCACAAGGAUCACCAUUAUGUGGAUCGCCAGGCGCGCAGAGAACAGUAUCGGAGCUCAGGAAACUACCAGCCCAGCAACGUCUCUCGUAAACGCACCUAUGAUGAGUACAACAGUGAGCGCAAUUACCGCGGACGCCCGGACUACAGGUACUGUCAUGAAGCCAAGAGACGAAGAUUAGAUGGAUUCCGGCCCCAGAACUAUCAACAAGAUUAUCGGAGGAUGUCUGACUAUAGACCUCCCUUGAAUUAUCAUGGGCAAGGACCAUCUGACCAUUACAGGCCUUUCCACCCAGACAAGUCGGCUGAUUACAAGCAAGUCCUUCCCCCUCCUCACUCCCAGCUCCCUGACCCUCGCUCUCCACCUUCUCAGAAAUCUCCGCUUGGUGUCAAGUCUCCCAUCCAGCAUCGCUCACCUCUUGAUAGGCCCCUAGAGCAGAAAAACAAUCCAGAUUAUAACUGGAGUGGCCGGAAAACCUAGAGGCCCAGAAGCAGAGGCAAACGGAAAGAGCUAGUCCGGCCCGAGGAAACACCAGUUACAGGGCUAUCAAUGCUGGAACCAGAAAGCCUGAAUACAGCGCUGUAGAGCUCUGGGCUGUAAGAAUUUGAAGUGGGUCAGAAGAACUGGAUCCACCAAGGGGCCUGAAUUUUGGCCCCAAAUUUGCCUCCCAUCAGUAUACUGGCUGGACGUUGGGAGUGGUCUUCCCUGCACCAAGGGACCUGGAGAGACCAAGGUCAGGUCUACCCCCUACGUUUUGGAAUGAAGAUUUUGCGUUUGUGUCCAUAAUGCCAACUUGAGUUCUGGACGUUUUACGGAAUGGACAGGCAGGCUGCGUAGGAUACAGAUGGAGGCGAAAGCUACACGACUUUGGAGUUGAGGUUCAAUUUGCUGCUGGAAGGGGAUGAUAGAGAAGACCACAACAGCUACAGCUGUUGAAUAAAAAAUUGGCGUUGGGGAGGGCAGGAGGGAGACUGAAUGACAGACUGGCGAGACCAACUUUGGAUGGGAAUGCUUGGAACUCUUAGUGACGACUGCAGAGACUUGGAAGUCUAUGGACUGAAGAUGGCCGGAAUGCCAGAAAACGAAAGGAAAGAAGAAGGAAUGGUUUAUGAUGUCUGUCCCUCCUUUUCUCUUCUCCAUGCUUUUCUUUGCCUCAGCAACUUUGGGACUUCCAGCAGCACUACCUGAAUCAAGGAGAGCUGUGGACAAAGAACAGUUCUUAAAUGGUGGUGGCAGAACUUUCGUUUCCAUGGUUGUGAAGGAGCAAGAAGGACAGUAGAUCCUUGGGGGACUUCAGUAUUCAUACAUUGACUCUGGAGCUCCUGUUUUUUUCCUCUCCUCCUCCUCCUCAUGAUCCAUGGGAACACCAGGGAUUCGGCUUGGAGGAAGGAGCUGAGAGGAGGAUCCCCCUCAGACAGGAUUCCAUGAACAUCUCAAGAUGGUCAACUUAGCACUUCUGGUUACAAAGGUUCGAAACCCCCAAUGGCUGUCAUCCCUAGAAAGGAGACACCAGUGAACUAAGCAAGAUGAAGGAAGCCUCUCAUUGAGGGAAGAGAAACAUGGAGUUUUGUCCCACAUGGAAUUGUUAUACACGGGGGGCAAAGAUCUGAGUGAUAAUCAAAGUUUGAUGAUCUUUCUCAGCAGCAGCUUCUCAAAAAAACAAAACAAAGCAACUCCGACAGAUAUUUCCCCCCUCCCCCAAAAUGUAUGUGUGUGUGCAGAUGUGAGCACUUUGCCCCAAAUCUAUUGCUUUGCGUUAAAUUCCUGCUUUUAAAAAUGAAAUGGCCAAAUACAUGCUGAAAAGUAGCAUCCCCGUUUUGUGCCCCCGGCAACAAUCCUGAGCCAUAAUUUUUGAUAUUCAACUGUCAAGUCAGUUCGUUAAGUGUUAAAACUUUAUCGGUGAAAUAAGAAGGGAAAGUAUCAGACCAAGGGUUCAUCUUCUAACUUUCUAGAGGGGCGUUUCUCUACGUUUGUCUACCUGUGUCCAUGAGUGUGCCAUACACUCUUUUUCCAUUACAUCUCACCUGUUAACUGUGAUGGCAGAAAAGACACUACAGAGUUUUGUUUAAGGUCCUUUUAUUUCCACCCAGAGUGGUUGACUAAAUGUGAAUUCCAAAGAUACCCAACAGCAAAGGGAAGCCAAGAAUUCUAUCUUGUUAGUUAAUUAGAACAAUUCUUUCACUCCUUAGCAUUGAUUAGGAUCCUUAAUUGUUAUUUAAUUAGAAUAGAAUUAGUUAGAAUAGUUACUAUUUCACUCCUACAUUUUCCUAUAAGGGCAAAAUAUUUUUGGGGUGAUAGUUUUCAAGGGGCUACUUUCAAACUUAAUUUCUGAUAGUUUCCUUAAUUGUUACUUAAUUACAAUAUAAUUCAUUAGAAUAGUUACUUUUUUAUUCAAAACUUCUGACAUGUUCCCAUAAGGGUAAAAUAUAUUUGGACAGAUAGUUUUCAGGUGGGAUACUUUCACUCUUCUGAUAUGUUCCUUAAUUGUUACUUAAUUAGAAUAGUUACUUUUUCUCCCCUAAGUUCUGAUAUCUUCGUAAUUGUUACUUAAUUAGAAUAGUUGCUAUUUUGCCCCUAAGUUCUGAUAUGUUUCUGAUUGUUACUGAAUUAGAAUAGCUACUGUUUCACUCCUAAAUUCUGCCUUUUUCCUGUAAGGUUGAAAUGUAUUUGGGUCCCAUAAUUUUAGGAGGGGAUAUUUUUGCAAUGGAAUUGUGAGUAUUAGAUGGAAUAAUAAAUACAGAAUGUUUCUAUGUUCUCUUCUUGCCCAGGUUGAGAAUUACAAAAUGCUGGUGGGAGGGUGAAUUCUGGGUGUGUCCCUAAUUUGAUGAAUUUAUGAAGGUUUAUUGGAAGAUUGAAGGAGAUGAUUCUGGCUGCUGUUUGGUUUCUACCAGUCAUCCAGCUGCGAUAACCCAACUCGAUGCUGUUUCGCUUUCCCCCCCAAAAUCUGGGGUAGAAGAACUUUGGUGCAUAAAGUCAUGGACUUAAAGGGAAAAUGAAAUCCCUGUGACUAAAUACAGUAAUUAAUAUUAAUUUAUAUUUGUGACAAAGGAAUUUGCCACUGUCGAAGUGAUUUCUGAUGUACAUAUGUUGUUUAUAAAGUAUGUAUUAAAUUUUUUCUAUGGUUAAGCUCCUGUACUUUGGAUUGUUGUACAUUAAAAGUUGAGUUUUUCAGAAA